UACUGACAGUAGUGGGAGGGUAGAUGAUGUGAACUCGGCGGGUUUCAAUAGAAGGAAUAUGCUCUGCUUCUUUACAUUAGUCCGUCGUGUGACGCUGAGUGACUUAGAUGUAAAUUGUUAAAGAUAUAUUCUGUUUUUAUAUCGAUAGCAACAUUGAUCGCCUGACGUUAACGUUACACAUCUUCGGUCCAAAACACUUGAUUUAGCCUGUUCUCAAGCGAUGUGACUGGUUGAGUAAUGCAAACUAACAUUAGAUUGCGGGCAUACUAAACCAUUAUUCGAAGUGAAACUGAUUUGACUUUUUCUUGGAUCUAAUUUGGUCUUAAAUUACAGAGAAGACAUGGGUUACUGCUAUUUCUAUGGAUAAAUAUCUCAUUGGAUUCAAGGGCCUUUUGAUUUCGAAUAAGGCUGAAGUACAGGGGAGUUUAUUCAGUGAUCUUGUGGAUUAAGUUCGCUAAUAUUCAGAAGAAAAGCUUGAGCACCAAUAACCUCACUGUCAUUAAACAUGGCCAACAAUAUGAAAUCGCGCAGCGAGGAUGAGGACGAUGAACGCCACUCCACAGACCCUGACUGCAGGGACUCCAAGAAUUCCAAGAAGACCGCAGGCAAAAUCAAAUGGUCACGAGACGAGGACGAGAGGCUUAAGAAGCUGGUUGAGCAGCAUGGGACCGACGCCUGGAGGUUAAUCGCUAAUUACUUUCCAAACAGGACAGAUGGGCAGUGUCAGCACCGCUGGCAGAAGGUACUCAACCCCGAGCUGGUGAAAGGACCCUGGACAAAGGAGGAGGAUCAAAGAGUGAUUGAGCUGGUCCACAAAUAUGGUCCCAAACGCUGGUCAGUCAUCGCCAAGCACCUGCAGGGGCGCAUUGGCAAGCAGUGCCGAGAGCGCUGGCACAACCACCUCAACCCUGAGGUCAAGAAGUCCUCCUGGACUCAAGAGGAGGACCGCAUCAUCUAUGAGGCACACAAACGCCUUGGCAACCGCUGGGCAGAAAUCUCCAAACUGCUUCCUGGAAGGACGGACAACUCCAUCAAGAACCACUGGAACUCCACCAUGAAGCGGAAGGUCGAGCAUGAGGGCUAUUUGCAGGACAGGACGUACGGUGGCUCAAGCCAAUCACAGAAGAGGCGGCACAAGACCUGUGGCUCCUCAGGGGAGCGCCUGCAUGAUCAGACCCCCAUGGACCCAGCACAGCUUGGAGGAUACCCCUAUGACUCACUGGGCAGUCAGUGCAUGGACAGCAUUGCAGAAGGUUCCAGUUUCAUGUCGCCGUGCCCCGACGACCCUCACAAAGAGCAGAGAAUAAAGGAGCUAGAGCUGCUGCUUAUGUCAGCAGAGAACGAAGUCAGAAGACAGUCCGGCUCUCGUAAUCCGGAGCAGUAUUCCAGCUGGUCGGACAGUCUUACGGACGAUACCAUGACGACAACAGGAAGCCUGGAAGAAGGAAGCAUGGAGAUGUGCCGCUCGAAUGAAGGGAGAGGAUCCGGAAUGUCACACUAUGGUUCCCCAAGUAAAUUCCUGGCAGUUGAGGCUAGCGCAGUCCUGUCCACCCUGCAGACCAUUCCGGAGUUUGCCGAGACUAUGGAGCUUAUCGACUCGAUGUGUCUUGCAUUGCAGGACCCAGGAGCCUGGAGCGAGGUGGCUAGCUUUGAACUCUCCGAUCAUGGGGCAUCCCCUCCCAAACACUCCCACCGGCCGUACCACCCCCCUGGCAGAGGUCACGAGGGCAUGAGAUACCACCUGGACACCCCGUCUGUGUCCGACAUGGGCAAGCACUGCACCAGCCAGGGCAAACAGGUCCCCCAGGGCUCCCCAAACCGCGGCAGGUUUGGCACCCCGACGUCUUGCGUGAGGAAGAGGAGGAAGGAGAGGGGUGACCAGUCUCCAACCGGGGACCGUGUCUGUGGGAACCUGCCUAACCAUAGUGCCAACUCACCCAGGGGUACCCCUGUGAAGGCCCUACCCUUUUCACCAUCACAGUUCUUCAACAUAUCUGGAGGAGAGAACCUAGGCCUGGACAAUCCUGCACUUACAUCAACGCCAGUUUGUGGUCAGAAGUGCUUCCUGAACACGCCCCAACAGAAAGAAACCACCCCGAAACACCAGAAGGAGAAUGCUGGUUUCAGAACCCCUAAAGUGCGUAAAUCUAUCAUGGGACACACACCGAAGACUCCCACUCCCUUCAAAAAUGCCCUGGCUGCCCAGGAGAAGAUGCACGGACCACUGAAGAUGGUGCCCCAGCCCUUGGCUUUCCUGGAAGAGGACAUUCGUGAGGUUUUGAAGGAGGAGACAGGUGCAGACAUCUUCACCCAAUCAGAGAUGCAGCAAGAGUACGGCGCCUGGAAACACGAGCUGGAGGCUCCUGCUAGAAAGGUCCGAAAGUCUUUGGUGUUGGACUCCUGGGGGAAGGAUUGCCUCAAUGUCCAACUCUUUUCACAGGAGCAGAUCAACAACAAUGGCAAUGCUGAUGAUGACCUGCUGACGAGCUCCCUGCUGAUGCCGCUGCAUGCCAAGUGUCAGGAGGACAGCGUCGGCUCCCCGUGCUCUAUGGACGACGAGGCGUGCGUCCCCGUCUGUCCCCUCAGCCCUCUGGCCAAGGAGCAUGCCCCCCCCAAGAGCCCCUCCUACCAGGCUGCAGCACAGCUUAGCAGCGACUGGGAAGCAGUGGUUUAUGGGAAGACGGAGGAUCAGCUGAUCAUGACUGAGCAGGCCAGGCGCUACCUGAAUGCCUACCCCACCGGCUGCUCCUCCAGGGCCCUAGUGCUCUGAGAUUGAUGUCCGUCCUCUCCACACACACGCACACACUACACUCUCUCAUGCACAAGCAGUCUUCCUCCUCUUCGUCUUCCUCCCAAUUUGAAGGUUGUGCCAGCAUGCAGACAAUCUGGUGGGAGAGAAAAAGAACAGGUCUUCUUCACAUCUUCACCGCUCUUUACGUGUGCAGAACACCUUACUAAUUAGAGUAUAACACCCACCUCUCUUUAACACAAGCCUGUCCAUCUUGUACAACAUUCGGCUUGUUGUUAUACUUUUUUUGUUUUGUGUUGUUUUUUGAGUUCAUAAGGAGGAAAAAAGCUGUUUUGCUAGCCAGACUACAAUUUUGUACAAACAGGUAGUUCUAGACAAAACUAGUAAUUGAAUUUGAUUAAUCCAAUCGUUCCAUAGAUUAUAGCAAAUAGGUUCUUUGCAGCAAUGGCAUGGACUGCUAAUACGUGUGUUGUUCACUUUUAAUGCUUUAAUUAUACACACAAAUAUACUGCUUUUUAUACUUUAGAAAUAACCCAUUUCUUGAAGGAGAAAGAGUCUAGAGUUGUGGGGUGUGAAUUGUUAGGACAUGGAGAGCACAGUCAGCGUUGCACUACUGAUUUUGAUUUGCUUCAGAGAGGAACUCAAACAGUGUUUAGAGAAGUAACUGGAUAGCACUUGCGAUGGGACUGGAUCGGUUCAAACAAUUAUGAAGAUGCUGCUUCUGCACCGCGUCCUGUUUUUAGGAGUCUCCCCUAGAGACACUGAAUGUAUUGUAUAGCAUGAAACUGCAGAAGCAGCGUGAAAAGGAAGGGUACCUUUUUUGUUUGGUUGGCUGUUUUUUUUUGUGUGUUGUUGUUUAUUUUGUUCUUUGUUUUUUGUUUUAGAUUGGACUUCAUUGUCCAUUAUUGGUAUUGCUAUUUUUUAUUUAUGUUCAGAAAAAAAGUGCACGAUCUAGACAUCGUAUAAAAAAAACCUUUUAAUGGAGCAUCUGGAUUAUCCAGUUGCAAAAUCCUAGCUACCUUUGCUGACAGUCAGACUCCUUUGUAGACUGACAGCUUCAACAAGCAUGCUGCUCCAGGAAAAUUAAACUAGAGAUCAUGUUUGGUACUCUUUGUAGUGCGAAGACAAAGUCAGGGCGAUAUGUUGGAAAAAGUUUUUGUAGAUGAGAAUGAUUUCUUGUUCACUUAGGGCUGUAGGUUCUAUUUAUUAAAUGUUUACUAAUUUAUUUAUUUUAAAGAUAAAUAAAACAUAUCUUAUUAUAUUUCUUUAUAUCACAAUUUUGAAAAGAAUUGGCUAUCCUCAACUACAUUCUCUAAAUUAUAAUAACACUGCCAUCCAUUCCAUACUUUUCCUGUUUCUGAUUGGACAAAGGGUUAGAUAGUAUCCCCUUGAUAAGUUCUGUUCCUCUGGUUUUUCCGACUUUCUGUUCCUUAAAUGCCAGUUCAUUCUCCACAAACACUCAACAGUCUCUUAAAGUAGGCAAAUUGCACUUUUUUUAAAGAAAAAAACAUGUUCAUAUGUAGUUUGUUGUGUUCCGUCCGUUCCUCCUGUUUUUAUUCGAAAGUUUUUUUGUUUUGUUUUGUUCUGUUUCAUUUUUGUUUGUUUUGGUGUGAUUCUAUCGAUGGUUCUGUUAGCUGAAUGUGUCGCAACUUGACGAUGAUUAACACUGACAUGGAAAGUGGCAGGACCCCGACUCUGUCAUGGUGUGCUGAAUACAUUGAAGCAUGUAUCUCUGCUAGUCUCUCUGUCCUGCUGCUUAUGUGCCGCUUCCAACAAACAGAAUGGAAACGGCUGCGCAUUUUGACAUAGCAUGUCUGUAGGAGUGUACAGGCAAUAGGCUGUUUAUGCAUUACAGGCCACUGGGUCAUUGACACACACCAUGGUGUGUUUUUUUUUUAACAGGCUAUCAGAAAUGUCACCUUUUUUUAGUGAAUGUUUUUAACUCUUUUAAUGUUUUUUUUAAAAAAGAAAAUGUGAAAGAAAGGAAAAAAAUCCUAAAAGAGGUCUGGAUUUGAACUGAAACCUAAUUAAUGAAGGAGUUAAUGUUGAAAUAAGAAAAAAAUAAUCAUCUGUUUUUUAGAUUCUAAAUCUGUUCAGCAUGUUCAUUGAGUAGAUGACAGACCUGUGUUCUGAGGUUGCUAUAACCAGAACCAGGAUGAAGGAUCACAUGAAUGUACUUCACUUAGUAGCCAUCCAUACACAAUACUCAGUUUAGAUCUUUUUGUUCCUCUCCUCAUGCGUAGAUAUUCACUGUCUCAUUGUUGACGUCAUAUCAGAGAAGAUGCAGAAUACUAAAUGUGUAUAUUUUUGGUUUUGGUCAGUGUCUUCCUUUUUAAAAGAAAAAAAAAUAUAUGCGUGCAUGUGUUUGUGCAAGUUUGGUUCAUUUUAUAUGUGUUGUAGAAUGCCUAACACUCAAACCCCUAAUGGCAGGUUUUGAGGGAAGUAAGUACAUGUAGCAGUUAUGAUAUACAGCAACACACUCAUGUUCAUCCUCUCUAAGAAUGUUCUGCAUUAUUGCUCACUCUUUAUUUUGAUUUCUGAUGCAACCAUAUUCCCAGCUGAAGGACUAUAACCUGCCAAUUUACAGUACCAUAGGAUUCCUGCCAUUUUUUUUUUUUUUAACCCAUGUACGUAUGUGUUAUAUGGAACAAUAAACAGUGCUCUCUGCUCAUCAAA